AUGGCCGAAGCUGAUAUUGCCGUCAUCGGUCUGGCCGUCAUGGGUCAAAAUCUGAUCCUCAACAUGAACGACCACGGGUUCACCGUCUGUGCUUUCAAUCGAACCACAAAACUCGUCGAUGACUUCCUCGCCAACGAGGCGAAAGGGACAAAGAUCAUCGGAGCCCAUUCGAUCGAGGAAAUGUGCAAAAAGCUGAAGAGACCACGCCGUGUCAUGAUGCUCAUUAAAGCUGGAACUCCGGUCGACAUGAUGAUCGACGCGAUCGUCCCGCAUCUCGAAGAGGGAGACAUCAUCAUCGACGGAGGAAACUCCGAGUACACCGACUCGAAUGUAAGUUAAUUCGAAACAUAAUCGCCUUGCUUGUGUAUGUUACUAAAUCAAGAAACCUUCCUAUUUCCCUUUUAAAAUAUCAAAAAUUUUAUUUCCAGAGACGUGCCGAGCAAUUGGCUGGCAAGGGAAUUCUGUUCGUUGGAUGCGGAGUGUCCGGCGGAGAAGAAGGUGCGACCCACUUCAUUCAUAUGCAAAUUUAUAAUCACAAAGAAAACGGGAAAACUAAUAGGAUCGGGGGAACCGGGGAUUAGUGAUUGUCCACGGAGUUGCUUGGCACUGAGCCGUUUUCAGUUGAGUUCUGCUGAUUGGCCAGCAUCUUGAGGCGAUAAUAGUCCGGAACAGGCUUGUUGAUCAUUGUGAGCCUGAAAUAGUGGUUUUAAACGGUUAGAAUACGUCGAGUGACAAACCAGAAAGUAGCGAAGACCGGCUUGUGAUCUGAUGGACCAGCUCCACGGAGAGAACCGUAUUCAAUGUUCUGAAGCCAUUCUGUGUUACGGACCCAAUAGAGCACUCUGUCCUGAAAGAAGUUUGUGUGCAAAUGCCAUCUUUAGUUCUUGUGUUCACUGUAAAAGACGGAAUACGCUUCGGAACGUAAUUGUCCGUGUCUGGUUCAAAUUUGUGAGUUGGAGGAAAACGAAUUGGCGCCUCGCUGAAGUCGAUGAAAGCUGUCUGUCUCCGUUUGUGAGUCGCCAGCUCUUCCGUCUCCAGAAUUUCAUCGUAUUUUUGGGCGGAAACUGUUCCUGGAUGACUCCAAUCGGUAUCGUUCUCCACUGUCACGCGGAAGUUCAGGUCACCGAUCCAGAGAAUCAACUGGAACACGAAUGAAUCGUAAAGAGUUCCGGUGCUCGGAAGUGCUUACGUCAGACGCGAAAAUCUCGUCGUUCUCGUGAGCAUGAAACUUGGCUAGUGAGGGGAAACGAAGCGUGCGCACAAUUUUCGCGUAGUCUUGGAUACGUUGUUGAGGUGUCGCGUCUACAAACAUGCUAUCUCAGAGAAAAAAUGCCAUGCCCUCCAAGACGCAGCUCGGUCCCCUUCCCACUACAUUCUUCCGUUUGCUUGUCACUUUCAAUAAGGGAAACUAACGCGACAAAUGGCAUCCGAUGAGCACAAUAAAUCUUUGGUACAAACGUAGACAGACUGCAAUUGCCCCUUUGGUUCUGACGGGCUUCGCCAUGGCUCCGGAUGCUAUGAACGAGACUUGUGGCUCUACAAAAUGAACAAUGAUGAUUGAAAAAAAAGCAAUGCUCACGGAUUGCGAAACGCAGAUGCUUCUGACUAAUAAAGACAAUGACCAUCUGACUCCAUGCCCGAUGGGACAGAUAAAGACGAUGCCCACUUAUUACCGGCUCCAGAAUUCUAAGAGCUUCUUCGUGGAAUGUUCUGUAAUUAGAUAAACCUCGAGUUCACCAUUUUCGAUUUGAACUGACGUGGCAGUUGACGGAAUUUCCUGAAAAGAAAUGAAGAAGAUGUCACUCUCCAGAUCAUUGCUCUUCUCGUUUAUUUUCUGUGCCAGGUGAUUUAGAAUUUUGACACCCUUUUCAUUGACAUUCCACGUUAGUGCACAAAUCUUCAGUUUUCGGUCGCCCAUCCGCUCAAUCUCUUCGUAGCUGACGAUCGGAACAUUACCGAAUCCUUUUACCGCCGGGCUAAAUGGAAGCAUGAAAUACUCGUAAAAAAGCGGAUCAAUGGCACACUUACGCAGUGUUUUGCGAGUCGAUGCAGUACGUCCAAUUUCCGUCGCUGAUCUCGUUGACUGAAAUGAAAAGAGGAAAAUGAGGUGAACAAUGGGAUUAAGUGGAGCGAGGAUUAGAGGCUUACAUGCGCUAUUGCGCCACGUGGCAGGCUGAGAAGAGGAACGAAUCCAGACUGGGUGGGCUCCAGUUUGCGACGCUUCCUGAUUGGAUUCAGUUGAAGCUUGAGGACGGAUCGGUGCGACAGCUCCGUGAGAUCCUGAAGAUGCAGAUGAAGCGUUGGCGUCUGGAAAAAGGAUUUGGUCCGCAAAAUAUGCAUGAGGUUAUGAUAUGGGCCCAACUGGUAAAUUCCAUCUGCUUACCCAUUUGGCAACGUUUGGAAUGCAGUCUUCCAAUAGCUUCUGUAUUGCAAUCUGUUAUUUUCUCGAAGCGUGAACAAAGCCGAAGUAGACUGAACAGAAAUGAAAACAACAGAAUGGCGCCGAGUGAGAACGGAGAGGCCGGCGGAAACUGUCUCUGCGCCCUCUCUGAUGACGGACGUUUCGAAAUGACGCGAACUGCCGUGGCUUUUGGGUCGUUCGCGCGUUCUUUUUGGUGAUAUGGAAGUGUAAUGGGCGACCGACGCUUCGAAUGUUAUGCAGAUUCGGCGAGCAGAAAGAAAUGAGGCAAGUGCACGGAAGUGGAGAGACGAGAGAAGCAGAGAGAAGGGCGUGAGGGUAACUGAGAGAGAGAGAGUGAAAGGGACCACCGAAUUGAAAAGGCAUGUCUUUGUUGCUAGGUUUCGAAUGUCAAAACGAUUUUCAAAGAACCUUCUCAUGCCUAAAGAAAAUAUCAUCAAGUCAGAAGAAUCGUGUUUAUAAAGUGCUUUGAAAAUUACUAAAAAUAUCUUGGUCUCUAGGCUGCUGUAUUCAAUAUACAAGUUGCAUUAUGCAUUUUGCUUUCUGCGUGAACAGAUUCCAGAAUGAAACUCUACAUUCUAGAGUCUGGAAUGAAAAAGGCAUGCUGCGCCUGACAGCCAAAAUUGAAUAGAAAAGUGUGUAUGCGUAUUUGUGAAGGUGGUGUGUGAUUAUUCCAAGCCAAGCGUUACCUUGGCGCACGAAAUGGAGCAAUUAAUUGGAAAGGAAGGGAAGAACAUUAUGGCGAGGCUGGUUGGGAGGGAAAUACAUGAAUUAGUAAACAUUGGGAAUGCGAUCAUAAAUUUGGUCACAUGGCUUCUCUUAGAGCACGACACAUUCAAGCACUUACCGAAAGUGUAACUGCGGAGAAGCAGUCGACGCAUCAUUCUCUUCUGGAAAGAGUAGUCCGGCCUCGUUCGUGAAAAGAAUCGUAUCCAAAAGGUGUCACAGAGAAAAAGCGCCACGGCCUCCUUCUCUCGUUCUCCUUCCGGCUCUUCGUUUAUUGGCAGAGACGUCGGAAUGCGCCCGGACUUUAUUGUGUUCGUUGUGAAUCUCGAGGGAAAGACAUCUGGAGGAGAAAAUAGAAAAUUCGGAAGUGUGGAAUGAGAAAAAAGGGCACAGAAAUUAGAGGGGACUGAAACAUUCUCGCGGGAGGAAAUGAGUCGCUUUGAAAAGGAAUGACGGGAAAAUGGCGGGAGGAAGCACUUACCGGAUUAGGAAGAAUCGGCUAUUCUCAAGAGAACGAGUUGCCGACGUUUAGGAAUUCAGAUUUUCUUUUCGCCAAACUAAAAAAAAAACAAGAACUUGAAUUGCGUGAUAAAAAAGCUCGUUUGUUUUCUCGAAAAUGCACUGGAGCGUUUCGCGCAAUAAUGAUAGCUUCUCACGAGGACUCCACUGGGCGAGUCAAUUCCCCCAUCCGACUGCUCGCUGAUACGCAUGUUGAUUAGAAAAGGCGAAGCGUUAGAGAGGGAGGCACGGCGGCCUCCUCAGGGCUCUCUGUCACUGCCCGUUUUCUCGGAAACCCAUAUAAUUAACGGAAAACUAUAAAGCCGGUUAGCAAGACAAUCAGAUACAAUUUGAUGAGUAGGGCGGCAAAAUACAAAACAGAACACAUUACCUGAGGUUUUUAAUCGAAGUGUUUUACAGGAGCCCGUUAUGGACCUUCGUUGAUGCCAGGUGGUAACCCGGCCGCAUGGCCUCAUAUCAAAGACAUCUUCCAAAAGAUUGCUGCCAAGGCCGACGGAGAGCCGUGCUGUGAAUGGGUCGGAAACGCCGGAUCCGGUCAUUUCGUCAAAAUGGUUCACAAUGGAAUCGAGUACGGAGACAUGCAACUGAUUGCUGAAGCUUAUGAUCUUUUGCACAAAGCCGUCGGACUUAAUCACGAACAGAUGGCCGAAGUGUUGGAAGAUUGGAACAAAGGAGAACUCGAAUCGUUCCUCAUCGAAAUCACUGCCAAUAUUCUGAAGUUUCGCGACGAGAAGGGAGAAUCAAUUGUGCCGAAAAUCAAGGAUGCUGCUGGACAGGUGAGAUAUUAGCAAGUCGAAAUUUGUUUUAGAAUAUCUAAUUUUCAGAAAGGAACUGGAAAGUGGACGUGUUUUGCCGCCCUCGAAUACGGACUUCCUGUCACACUCAUCGGUAAGUACAGAAUCGGAAGCGCGUAGAACGUGGGAUAAAGACAAUGUGCAAACCAAUCUAUUAUGACCAUAGGUGUUUUGAGUUGAGAGCCGGCAUUUCGUGACAGGCGAGUGAGAGGGGCCUCGUUCGGAACAAAAAUUUGGCAGCCGUAAGGCAAACAGCCUAUUACAGUCGCGGAAAAGUCGGAAAUGUCCAGAUUGCUGACCCUUAAGGACACUCCUGCGACGUGAAAAUGUUUGCAGGAGAAGCUGUCUUCGCAAGAUGUCUCUCGGCGCUGAAGGACGAACGCGUGCGUGCUGCCAAGCAGCUCCGUCGCCCGCACGCCUCGGCUGAAUCCAUCAUCCAGGACAAGAGAGAGUUCAUCAAGAAGAUCAGCAAGGCACUAUACGCUUCUAAGAUUGUCAGCUACGCCCAGGGAUUCAUGCUGCUCGCCGAGGCGUCGAAGGUCUUCAAAUGGAACCUCAACUUCGGUGCCAUUGCUCUCAUGUGGAGAGGAGGAUGCAUCAUCCGCUCGAGGUCAGUUUUCUCCUUUACUUCUUUUGUUUUAGUCGUGUUUUCAGAUUCCUUGGAGAUAUCAAGCGCGCAUUCGACAACAACAAGGAGCUGUCGAACCUACUUCUCGACGAAUUCUUCACCAAGGCCAUAAAUGAAGCUGAGGUGGGUUUCUUUCAGAUUCUUCUGAAACUACAAUCCCUUAUAGGAAUCGUGGCGCGUCGUCGUCUCCUCUGCCACUCUACUGGCCAUCUCCGUCCCGGCAUUCUCGUCGGCGCUCAGUUUCUACGACGGAUAUACCAGCGAGGUGAGUGUCCUCUGAUUGUAUGCUAAAACGCAGUGACGAUGGGCACUAUCAGGUGCCCUUUUUGCACUCAAACGUGUCGUCUCACGAUGUAAUAAUCAGUGCGAACCGCCGUCAACACGUGAAAUUCACUUCUGACCGCGCUUACGUUCUAUGAUCAGUUCUGUCCUGUCCCACGCGGAUACGCACAAUUUGACGAAUUUGGCCAAGAUUGGCCAGGCGCAAAAAUGGCCUCCGGACUGGUCAAUAAAUCAGAGAAUGUCGCAUUUCAGGUUCUUCCGGCUAACCUGAUCCAAGCUCAACGCGACUACUUCGGAGCUCACACCUACGAACUGCUGGCACAGCCGGGCACCUGGGUGCACACCAACUGGACCGGACACGGAGGACGUGUCACUUCCAACACCUACAACGCCUAG